AUGGCGAAUUCUUUCGAAACACUAGUGGCCGCUCUCCGAGAGAAGCUUGGUCCUUGCUCAGGCAUCGGCUCUGAAGAUGUAGACACAGAAGAGCUUCAAUCGCUGAUGGCACAAUACACCUCCAAUGAGUGCGAAUGGGAGAAAUACAAGUUCGAGAAAUCGAAUUUACCGUAUACUAGAAAUCUCGUGGACAAAGGAAAUGGCAAAAGCAAUCUGCUUAUUCUGGUUUGGACACCAGGCAAAGCGAGUCCAGUCCAUGAUCACGCCAAUGCACACUGCAUCAUGAAAAUCCUAAAGGGCCGGCUCAAAGAGACCCGAUAUCACUGGCCAACCGUGCAAUUGAACCAGAACGAAGAGAGUCCCUUAGUCGUAAAGAGGAAAACUGUCUAUAGCAAAGACGAGGUGACCUACAUGUCGGAUAAGCUAGGCCUCCAUAAGAUAUCAAAUCCACAUUCGAGCGAAUUUGCUGUAUCUUUACACUUAUACACACCUCCGAACGCUGCCGUGUACGGUUGCAACAUCUUCAACGAGAAAACAGGCCAUGCUUCGCAUCUACCACGGUGUACGUUUUACUCGGAGUACGGCAGUAAAGCUAGAGGUUGACAUUUGGAGAUAAAUCCCUGUGUUGUCGAGUCUUCCUAUUUGGGAACUCUAAUCAGUUGCGGCCAAAACGGCUCCAGAUUCACCUUUUCCUAUUCUCAAUACUACAACGUGCUAGCAAUAUCAGU